GCGGCCAAUCUUUUGCGGAGGGCGCGUGGGUCGGACCAAACAAGUCCGUGACGGCCGAUUGAAGAAGAAGUCUCAUGAAGGGGGUUGAGGUCUUGGAUCGAAGCAAGACAAAUCCUGCGCAAACGCGGUGCAAGAAGAGUGUGAAGAAUGCACGAGCGAAAAAAUCCAGCGCAGAACGUCUGUUUCUUUUAGUCGCAGAAUGCCCUUCCUUCUAGCACCUCUGCGCUCACCCCCAUCCAGAAAGUCCACGAGUGUCACUGUGCAGGAUGCAAGAUGGAUGACUUUCUCCUGUUGCGUUUGGGAAGCCAAAGAAGAGUGGAAGGUGAGGUCGUGCUGACAUCCUCGUACGCGAGCCCAUUCCUGCAUGGCGCGUGCGCACCUCGCAUCAUCCAGGUGAGUGGUCUCCAGGCCGCUCGCUUGCUCGCUUACUCUUUUGCUGCGUAUCCCCGUUUGUGGACGCUACCCUGCACACUUCUGUCUCGAUUUAAACCCCCGUACAUCUCACUCGAACCUGGCUCGCGCGGUGUCAAGCUCACCGCUGCAGAUGGGCCGAAGAUGGAUGUAUUGUUGGACGGCAAAAUGAAUGUGUGUAGUAUGAUUUACUGUACAAGUGAAUGUGUGAUCGAGAAUGGGGAAAGUGUUGAGUUGACAGAAUGGCUGGAAAGCGGCGCAUCGGUUACCAAUGCAACUAACUACAUGCGAUGCGAUGAUUAGGCGCAGUCGGUCAGACCAAUGAGUGUGUGUGUGUGUGUGUCCUGCCUCGGCGAGUGGACGAGCAGUGCAAAA